GCUUGCGAUCGCACUGUUCAACGUAUAAGUGUGUGAAUGUUGCGAACUACACCCUCGGUUUUUUCCAUUUGAAUAUCGGUUUAUGUAUGAAUGACAAAAAAUAGAGACGAGAGCCCAAAUGGCGUCCAAAUUUACACAGCCAAAAGCUCAGCGCAUUUUUUAAGAUAGCGCGUUCAGCAACUGUCAGCACGCAUGCCGAGUGGCGUAGUGCACGAGCAGUCGAGAGGAAGUGGUGGGUGAUCUGGGUCCGCACCUUUUCCGGUCGCUCAGAACCGCUGUGAGACGGAAAAGAGAGAGAGAGGGAGCAGGCGAAAGAGAGGUGAGAGCGGAGAGGAGCAGUCUGGGGGUACGGUGGCUGCGCCAAAUGCAGGGAGAAGAGGAGAGGAAGCUCUCGAAUGAAUCAAUGACCUUUGGAGUUGUUGCGGCUCCAGCGAUUUUGUUUCCGAUACGAGUGUGAGCGACUGGUUUGGGGACAGGAUCAAGAAGAAGCCCCAGAAUAUCGCGCUGCUUGCCCGGCAUUUGCUGAUCGGAACAAGGGCGAGAGCUCUCGACAGACCAGGAGGAAGUCGGAACUACAGCAGGCUUUUGCUAGGGCCUGCCUCUCUUUGAAGCCUCGUCGUUGUAGGACCUCACACUUUUUCUUUCUUUUUCCGAUUUUUUGUCCCCAGAUCUAACCCGGAGUAUUUUACUCCUGGCAACGUUAUGUGGAUUCAAAUCGACUUAUUGCAGAUUCUCAAAACCCCAAACUAGGAAAUUGGCUACAUAGCCAGUGUGGAGAGAGAAAAACUCUGAAUGUGGGUUUUCGAGAAGUUAGCGAGCUAGCUACCUCCCACACCAUCUCUUACAGUUACUGGAUUACUCCUAUACGUCGUCUAACUGCAUUCAGUCUUGUAUGACUUCCAUCACAAGUGAACUAAAAGCUCUUCCUGUAACUGUAAACGGAUGUUUGCCAUUUGUAAGUAACUUUGUCACUGCGGAUUACAUUGAUUGCCUGUCUAAGCCCGACGCUUGGUUGCAGAAGUAUCCAAAUAGAUGGCUAGCAACCUUUCUACCACCGCACCAUUGCUAAGACCUACCUUCUGUGGUUUAGUCCUAUAGUUCGGAUACAUUUUUUGUCCAGUGGAUAAUUUCACACUCGGUCUGUUGGCUUUAGGAAAAAAGCUAUACUUAACGCAGCUCUGCACUGUUUGGCUCUUGGAAACACGUAAAGGACAAAACACAUUUUCUCUGGAAAAGGUGGAUAUUUAUGCACAGUUUACAAAAUGGGGAAGAUGCUGUCAAAAAUCUUUGGCAACAAGGAGAUGAGAAUAUUGAUGCUUGGACUUGAUGCAGCGGGGAAGACCACUAUCCUUUACAAACUGAAACUGGGACAGUCCGUCACCACCAUUCCCACCGUUGGGUUCAACGUGGAGACUGUCACCUACAAAAACGUGAAAUUCAAUGUGUGGGAUGUCGGAGGACAGGACAAGAUCCGGCCCCUGUGGCGGCACUACUAUACGGGGACGCAGGGGUUAAUUUUCGUGGUGGAUUGUGCGGAUAGGGAUCGGAUAGACGAGGCGAGGCAGGAGCUGCACCGCAUCAUUAAUGACCGGGAGAUGCGGGACGCCAUCAUCUUGAUUUUCGCCAAUAAGCAAGACCUGCCGGAUGCCAUGAAGCCACACGAGAUCCAGGAGAAACUGGGUUUGACCCGGAUCAGAGAUAGGAAUUGGUACGUGCAGCCGUCCUGCGCGACCACGGGCGACGGACUAUACGAGGGCCUCACUUGGCUAACUUCAAAUUACAAAUCCUAAUGCUCGAGAGUGACUGUUUAGAACAAGCGAAAAAAAAUAAUAGAGGCAAUUAACAAAUAACAUGGCUUCUCGGAAGAAGAUAUAAUUAAGAGAAGUUUGAUUAUCUCCCGUUUUUGAUGAAUACUAUUACCCCAUAACGAUUUUUUUCUUAAAAACAAAAAAGACUGACUUGUUUG